AAAAAAAUAUCAAUUUCAUUCAGGUCAUGUGUUGUUUUGGGUGUGUUUGCUGGUGCGUGAUGCGUGAGUUGACUGUUGGAGGAACUGUAUAAACUUUGGGCGAAAGUCGUGCGUCACCAACUCUUCAAAGUCGCGUGUUUGAUUCGUACCACGCGAGACGGAACCUUCUGAAUCUCCUGCAUAGGCUAGUUAACAAUAACAGUAAACCUCCCAACACCGAACGCCACACUGAUUCGGACUCCACCGGCCGGCGCUUUUCUUUGCACGCACGGACGGUGGCCAGAAAGGACCGGUGGACGGGAGAACGGUGAAAAACCCACUGCGCCAGGUGUGGCCGAGACUUGGCAGGAGAAGAAGUGGCCCAAUGUGACCUACUUCUUAAGCUCGGUAGAGACCGUCGAGUGUGAGAAGAAGGAGAUCACCCUCAUGAACAAAGGUCCGGAUGCUGGCGCUCGGAUCACCUACAAGGCCUUGAUUGUGGCCACAGGUGCCAAGAGCCCGCUGAUCGCACCGACGCCUGGGAUGUCCCUGUCGGAGCGAGUGAAGGAGGUGCAAGCCUGUGGGCAAGCGCUCAAGAAUGCGAAGACGGUGAUCUUCAACGGCUCCGGCUUGGUGGGAGUGGAGAUGUGUGGUGAUUUCCGAGUGCACAAUGGCUAUGGCGCGAAGGUGAUCUUGCUCUCCCGCUCUGGGAAGGUCUUGGACAGCGACCCGGAAGCCCGUCCCGAGACGUGUCAAGCUGCCCUUCGGGGUGUCAACCCGAAGAUGCUGCCUGUGGUAUUCGGUGUUUCAUUUGUGAAGAUGACAUGAUGAGGAGGGCACAUGGCAGCAGACCUUUCGCUGAUGAUUGGCAGAAAGCCAGGAUGGCGGGAUGAAACAGAGACCGUUGGCUUGUGCAAUCUGAUCUUCGAAAGUCCAGCGGGCGAUCUGCAUCAUCACAACAUGCCUGGGAUUUCCCCAUUUAAGAUCAUUUAUAUAAAUUCAUUUAAGCAUGUUAUACGGUCAUCCGUGUCCAUAGGAUGUAAUAUGUCCCAUCUCUCCCAUUGCCAGGAAUGCAAGGGGUACCCAAUGGACUAGCCAGCCCACUACGUUACUGGAUCUCCAUUGGACACCCCUUGGAUGGUCGGAUGGUCUCCUUUUGAAGGGUCCGUCUCUCAGUCCUCCGUCGGCGUCCC